AAGAAGAAGAAGAACAGGCAGCUACCGUAAAGAAGAAGAAGAAGAAGAAGAAAGAGCGGUUUUGUGAGAAGCUAGUUAAAUUGCUAGGACCUGUGCGUAGCCUCGAUAGUCUGUAAACAGAGAUUCACACUGAAGACGCUUGGGGUUUUUUAAAUUAUGUGGACACAGAAUCCGGUUCAAGGUUCAAAUUAAGGUAUGUAAAGGGUUGCUCCCUUAAAAAACAUUAUGCAAAUUAUCUCCAACCAUGAAUGUAAUGUAACACAAAUGCAGUUUUGUAAUGUAUGUAUGCUGGGACUUAAAAACCCUUUUUUCUUUUGCUGAAAUCAUUUUAUACUCCGGCUUGUUGGCCGCUUAAAGAUAUAAACUGAUCUUGAAGACAUUUAAAAUCAUUUGUUUCAUUGAAGAAGAAAAAAAAUACAUUUGUACUUUGGCAUUUUCGAGAUGAUCGUAAAUCCACGAUUUCAUUUCAUCAAUGCGAUUUUCCUCAAGAUGUUUAUACCAAUUCCAGAGAAGAGGAUAAUUUGAACAAAAGCUGUAUUUCCAUUUGUAGGAAACGCUGUUUGAGCGGUUGUCUGCGCUGCUAAUUAGUGAAACCUUACAGACCCAAUGGGGCAAUGUUGGGAUGAGCAAUGUUGCCCCAAACUUAAAGGCAGAAUGAUUUUUCCUAAAACGCAAUGUAUAGACUCGCACAAAAAUGAUCCCUCUCAGUCAUCACUUAUGACGGAGAGUGUGGCGGUGUCUGUAUCUGCAGAGACCCCCCCCCUGCCUGCAUUUCCUCUUGUCUGUUAAUUUUGUGUUCGGCACAUUUCUGGCCGUCAACCUCUCUAAAAACGUAGCGACCGGGUGCCAGAUCAUCAACACGCAUCCAGAGGAAGCUAUGAAAAUGGUGGACACUGUGCCAAAACAACGCAAACGCAGCGAGGCCGAACGCCGCGUGGAGCCAAAGCUCGUUCACACCAGAAGUGAAUCUGGUGUUGGCGCUCACUGCCGGCGAGCACCGUAACCCUCGUUAAGCAUGUUGUUAACAAACGCAACCAACAAAGCCUAUUCAUUGUGAUUUAAAUCGGCGUAACAAUUUAUUGCCAUGAGUCCAUUUUAAAGUAAGUGGAGGCAGAGUUCAUCACACUGUACAGUUGCCACUCUGUGGGUAUCUGUGUAUCUGUGCCAUUUGCUCCACUUUCUCUCACGACUGCGGUUUAACGGUGCGCUUUUCGUUUUGCGUGAAAUGUGUUUCCACCAUCGACUUAAAGCCAUCCACUGUUACGACACCCACGGUGUCUUUAUGUGGCUUUUUUUAAGCAAAUGGAAGUGUAUUCUCUUUGGUUCAACAUUUAAAGAGUCGGGGUGUAUUUUAUAUAAUGUCAUUGUUGGAUGUAUGCUAUACUGGGACAAAUCAUGUAGCUAAUAUACAUGUUGGCACAGACUCUACCACCUGAGACAUUUCCACGCAUCUCUAGCCAGAAAGCAUAUUUUAUGCUCCGUUUUCAUGCCAUUAUUUCAGUCUGGGAGCCCAGAGAAGGCGGGAGAAAAAAAAGCCUGUUGAGAGCUCAACAAGUGCACAUUUAUCCGAUCAGGUGUAGGAACGACUCAUGAAACAAGUCACAAUGAGUGAAGUCAAAUUGUGAAAGGUUAGACAAAGCGUUCGCAUUCUUGCAAAUUGCCAGUCUGUUGCGUCACUGAAUUUGCGUGGCCGAUUCACAUUUGUUUGUGUUGCUCUGCUCGCCAUUAAUGCUGCCGUCCUUGUGCCGUAAUUCAAGGCGAGCUCUCUCGUACGUAAAGGUCCAGUGAAGCGUUAAAUCUAAUAAUGUCCUGCUGUGCAUGGACCAAAUAAAAGUUGCACCCAUUCAUGAACUGCUUUUGGAAGAAUUUGCGAUUUAACCGGCACGAUUUUGUUUCAAAAUUUGCAGCAUUUUGAACAUUUAUUUUCCACAGUAUUUCCAUUGUCUGAUGUGAUUUUUUUUUUUUUUGAUUUUCAACUUUUGCACUGCUGAAACUUUUCAUCCCUCCCAAGAAUUUUUAUCUCUUCUCUUAACUCACUGACAUGUUGCAGGAUUUUGGGCGGCAAUUUAAAGACGCGGAUUAGCGAACAAACCAAACUUUUUCAAGCAUUUGAGACGCACGAAGGAAAGAAAGAAGUUAAACCCCCUUUUCAACCAAGUCAUGUCUCGCCGAAGAAGCCGCAGCCCGUCGCCGGGGCAGUUUUCACGCAACUGCAGCAGUAGUGACCCUAGAGAUUUGGAGAGACGGAUUUUCGUCGGGAAUUUGCCGACCUCCGACAUGGAGAAGAAGGAUUUGGAAGAGCUGUUCAGCACUUAUGGGAAGAUAAUCGGCGUGUCCAUGUUUCGUGGGUUCGGAUUUGUACAAUUUGAAGGUGUUGCGGAAGCGGAAGCUGCAAAGUCUGCCCAAAAGGGUCGCAUAUAUAAAGGUUAUAAAAUAGAUGUAAAUAUGGCAGUGGAGCGACGGCAAGCUAAACCUCAAUCCCAGCAGAGCCCUCCACGAAGGGCCACCACCACUUAUGGCAGCUACGCGGACGGCAAAGAGCCCCGGCCUCGCUCACGCUCACCCACUUAUGUGCGCGAGUCUCGGGAGAGCCGUGACGGGAGGGAGUCUCGGGAGAGCCGUGACGGGAGGGAGUCUCGGGAGAGCCGUGACGGGAGGGAGUCCGCUAGAGAGUCGAGGCCGGCCGGCCACUCUCGUGACCACGACUACCGGUACCGGAGCACAGAGACCAGAGACAAAGACCCCAGGGAGCCUGCAUUCAGCAGAGACGACUAUGACCGGUUCUACCGCAGUGCCAGUGGUGCAGAAGACUAUUACCGGAGGAAGGAUGAGCCCUACAGGGACCCUUACAGAGAUCCCUGGAACGGACGCCGGGAGCCAGAGGCCCCCUCCACCCUCACUUCAGCAGUAGAUGAUCGCGCUCGACCAGAAGAGCGCCGCCGCAAUGAAUUGUAUCGACAGUACUACGAGGAGCUGCAGCGGCGCUACGACACCGACCGCCCCGUCGACUGCUCCGUGAUCGUCGUCAACAAGGCGCAGAACUUCACAAACAACUGUAGGGAGUAUGCGGAGACGGUCGGACGGAAGGUUCGUGAUUUGGGCAUGGUGGUGGAUCUGAUCUUCCUCAACACAGAAGUGUCACUAACUCAGGCGCUCGAGGAUGUAGGCAGGGCCCGCACUCCCUUUGCCAUCAUCAUUACCCAGCAGCACCAGGUCCACCGGUCCUGCACUGUCAACAUCUUGUUCGGCACGCCGCAAGAGCAUCGGAACAUGCCGAUGCAGGAUGCCAUGAUGCUGGUUGCCCACAAUUAUGACACCUACAAAGUUGAAAACCGUGAAAAAGAACGCGAGGAGAUUGCCAGAAAGGCUGCCAAGAUGGCGGACGACGUGCUACUCAGGGAGCCUGACAGAGAGGGCCACCCCAUUUCUGUGCUCACCUCCAUCACACUGCUGUCUGAAAACAGAUUUGUAACCCCAGAUGAAAUGGAUGGUCUCAUUGCCUACCUGAAGGACAAAAGAGCUCGACUGCUACGAAGCGCUGCAGACCCUCUCACCGCUGGAGUCCAUGGAGCAGCUCCUGCAGCAGUACACCAUGACGUUUCAACCUCCGCUGCAGGACUGCCUCCUCCAUCCCACUCUGCUCUAUCCCACUCUGCUCUAUCCCACUCUGCUCUAUCCCACUCUGCUCUAUCCCACUCUGCUCUAUCCCACUCUGCCCUAUCCCACUCUGCCCUACCCCACUCUGCCCUACCCCACUCUGCCCUACCCCACUCUGCCCUACCCCACUCUGCCCUAUCCCACUCUGCCCUAUCCCACUCUGCUCUCACGCCUCCACAGUCCAGCCACCUUGGCCUAUCGGCUGCUUCGAGCGCCUCGGCGAACCCCAGCCACCAGCAGGAGCUGCAAGCUAAGAUCCUCAGCCUGUUCAACAGCGGCAGCGGGGUCCCGGCAGGCGCAGGAGGCCCGCCCUCCAUCUCCCAGACGAAGGCGUACGGCUCCCUUGGCCCACCCCCUUCCCAGAACCAGCCCCGCCCCACCAUGACGGGCCCCCCUGCGGGUGGAACCCUGGGUUAUGGCACCCCACCGGGACGCAUGCAGGUCACACCAGGUGGUCAAAGACUCCCCUCGUCGGCUUCAGGUAUCAACUUUGACAACCCGAGUGUACAGAAAGCGCUGGACACCCUCAUUCAGAGCGGACCGUCUCUCAACCACUUGGUGAGCCCCGCCGCCGCUCAGCAGCCCCCCCCCAGCAUGGGCCAGGUCCCAGCGAUGUCCAUGUACCCCCGACAUUACUGAUGUAACAACUUCUCCUAAUGCGAGUUCCCCUCUCCCUGUGACACAAGUAGACACCACAUCAAUUCUCUGUGCAGUGAAUGUACCAGCUGUGUAAUAUAGGUAGGUUGGAUGUUUUGUAAAAGCUUUUAAUCUUUUUUUUUUUUUUUCUUUUAUUCCAAGUAUUGUGUUCAGUUGAUUAAAUGGUUAUUAAAUUUGGUUUGAUGACUUGUCCAGACUAACCGUCUGUAUUUUCGAUUAUUAGCCAGAAGUUAAUUAUUCAUUCGUUCUUCUUACGUGAGGUAAACUGAGGUAAAGUUGCAUGUGUGAAGUACGGUGUGUUUUGGUUUAUGAUGGAUUCCUUUGUUCUUUUCCAAACAUGAUUGUUUUAUAGUUUUGCACAUAGUGUCUUUUUAAUUUGUAACAUUUUCAUUGUCAAAACAAGACAUGAUUAAAAACUCCAGACACAAUUGCUGUAAUAAAA